AUGGAAGACAAUUUUAUGGACAGGGGCGGGGAUGGUCCAGGAAGUAAUGCAAGCGAUGGGGUGGAUGGUUCCAGCGGUAACAGGAGAGAUGGGGGGGAUCGUUUAGUCGGUAACGCGAGCAAAGGUUCAGGUGGCAAUGGGAGUGACGGGGAGCGCUGGGGAGUCGCUGAUGAAGCUUUGCUAGCUCUCCCGUGUUCACCUCCUGCUGGUGAUGUUGAGAAGGGCAAGAAGAUCUUUGUUCAGAAGUGUGCCCAGUGCCAUACUGCAGAAAAGGGAGGCAAGCACAAGACUGGGCCAAAUCUCCAUGGUCUGUUUGGGCAAAAGACAGGUCAGGCUGUCGGAUUCUCUUACACAGAUGCCAACAAGAACAAAGGCAUCACCUGGGGAGAGGAGACACUGAUGGAGUAUUUGGAGAAUCCCAAGAAGUACAUCCCUGGAACAAAAAUGAUCUUCGCUGGCAUUAAGAAGAAGGGAGAAAGGGCAGACUUGAUAGCUUAUCUCAAAAAAGCUACUAAAGAGUAA